AGAGGAGGAAAGCAAAAUCAAAAGCAAAAGCAAAAGGUGGGGAGUGGAAUGGAGGAAGGAUUCUCGGAUAAUUGGGGAGAGAUAGUGGCAGAGAAGGUAGUAUCGGCGUAUAACGCUCUACCGAAGAAGGGGAAACCUCAAGGGCGUGAAGUCACGGUCCUAGCCGCUUUCCUCGUCUCAUCUUCACAAAGUGAAGCGGAAGUGAUAGCAAUAGGGACGGGAACGAAGUGCGUUAGUAGGUCGCUGUUGAGUCCCCGUGGUGACAUUGUCAACGAUUCUCAUGCCGAAGUUGUCGCCCGAAGAUCUCUCCUCAGGUUCUUCUAUUCUCAGAUUCAGCGGAUGCAGAGGAGAACAUGUUGCAACGAUGCCAAGCGUCAGAGACAUGAUAAUGAUGAUGAUAUCCAAAUACUAGAGUCUAGCUCUCCUGGUCCUGGGGAUGUUGUUAAAUAUAAGCUCAAAUCUGGGUCUCACUUGCACCUCUACAUUUCUCAGUUGCCUUGUGGUUAUGCUUCUACUUCUUCACCUCUCUAUGCACUCAAAAAGCUUCCAUCAGCACAACUAGCUGAUCAGUCAUUGUCAGGUAAUGCAACAGACAUAGUACAAAGAAAGCCUGGUCGCGGUCAAACCACUCUCUCUGUUAGCUGUUCCGAUAAGAUCGCUCGAUGGAAUGUUCUUGGUCUUCAAGGGGCUUUGCUUUGCCAGUUCCUUCAGCCUAUGUAUAUCUCUACCAUCACCGUUGGACAAUCUCUGCACUCUCCUGACAACUUUUCUUUCACUGAUCACUUACGAAGAUCUUUGUAUGAGAGGAUCCUUCCAUUAUCCGAUGAGCUACUGCCUUCCUUCCGUGUGAACAAGCCACUGUUUUUUGUAGCUCCAGUACCACCAUCAGAAUUUCAGCAUUCAGAAACUGCUCAAGCUACCUUAACAUGCGGUUAUUCCUUGUGUUGGAACCGUUCUGGCUUACACGAAGUUAUUCUUGGAACAACCGGUAGAAAGCAAGGUACCUCAGCCAAAGGAGCUCUCUAUCCGUCUACUCAAUCAUCUAUAUGCAAACAGCGGUUUCUGGAGCUGUUCUUGAAAGAAAUUGAUGGACACGAAAGUGAAUCUUCUAAGUCAAAAGGAUCUUAUCGAGAACUGAAGGACAAAGCAACUGAAUAUUCUUUGAUGUCAAAGAAAUUUAAAGGAAAGUAUCCAUUCAACAAUUGGCUUACAAAACCCCCAAACUACGAGGAUUUUCUGAUAAAUUGGUCCUGAGGUGACCUGAAGAAUGCCGAUGUCUCAUAUGAUGUAAGAAAAAGUCUAUAUAAUAAUCAUGACAAGGGGAAAUAAGGUUGUGUACCAUGCGAUGAAGAAGAUCUUGCUCUUCUGGCAAUUUUCAGGAGUGGUGAAGUCGAAGUCAUAGACAGCAUAUCGGCACUCGUUCUCAGGCAUACAUUUAGUGAAACCGUCGUAAGUUUCUUCUGGAUUCCCAACCAUAUCUAUUGUAACUUGCUGAGCUUUCUCAUCAAUUUUGAAUACAAUAAACCUAUAGUUCCUCUUUGCUUUCAACUCCAAAAACUUGAGCUUGCACUCAUCGCUUACGUGCAUCCCAGACGCUGAAUUAGCCUGCACAGACACACACACACACACAAACGGGCAUAGUCAACUGAUAUGAUCACAAGACAUUACACGAUUGGCAAAUACUAGAAUGACAAAAAUGUAUUUGUAGGAACUUACCAUGUUGUCUGCUAGAAAAUCAGCUUUG